AGAGCAGGGAGGGAGCGCUGGGAGGGAAGGGGUGCAGGGCCCCCCCAUCCUCUGCAGGGGCUGGGGGUGGGCAGGGAGCUGGGGCAGGACAAACAGCCACUGCUGGGGCCGCUUCAUUCUCUCAGGAGACCCAUGACAGGACCUGUUUAAAUGCUUUCUGAGAGCCCUCGGACCCCCAGCAGCAGCAGCCACACCUCGGGGUGCUGUGGGAGCCCUGCAUUCCUCGGGGAGCCCCCCUGACAGCACCUCUGAGCACCUGGGAGGGAGAACUGGGCCGUGUGUGUUGCUUACUUAGAAUCUGUGCCCUACUCAAGGAGGCUUUAAAGGACCGUCAUCACAUCCCACCAUGAACGGGUACCUGAGUGAAUCCGAUUUCCUGAUGGUGGAGGAGGGAUUCACCACCAGAGACCUCCUGGAGAACCUCCUCGGGGAGCUGUGCCAGGAGAGCGACCAGCAAGCCUUCUUCGUGGCAGACCUUGGGGAUGUCGUGAAGAAGCACCUGCGUUUCCUGAAGGCCCUGCCCCGGGUGAAACCCUAUUUCCCAGUUAAAUGCAACGGCAGUGAAGGAGUGAUUCGGCUGCUGGCAGAGCUGGGGGCAGGCUUUGCCUGUGCCAACAAGGCUGAGAUCACCCGGGUUCAAGGCAUUGGAGUGCCAGCUGACAGGAUCUUCUACAGCAGCCCCUGCAAGCAGGUUGCCCACAUCAGGUACGCGGCCAAGCACGGCGUGCAGCUGAUGACGUUCGACAACGAGGUGGAGCUGAGCAAGGUGGCCAGGAGCCACCCCCGUGCCAGGAUGUUGUUGGGGAUCACUGCUGACUCCAGCCCUUCUGUCCACCCGAGCAUGACGUUUGGGACCACGCUCGAAUCCUGCCGGCACCUGCUGGAGGCUGCCAAGGAGCAGGCUGUGGAGGUGGUUGGCAUCAGCUUCCACCUUGGCAGCCGUGGCCUGGAGCCCCAGGCCUUUGCCGAGGCCGUGGCUGCAGCACAGCUGGUGUUUGACAUGGGCACGGAGCUGGGCUACCAGAUGCACCUCCUGGACAUCGGCGGGGGCUUCCCCGGCACUGAGGACACCAGAGCCCGCUUCGAGGAGAUUGCUGCCGUGGUGAACUCUGCCUUGGAUUUGUACUUCCCGGACGGCUCCGGGGUGGAGGUCGUGGCCAGACCGGGCCGGUACUACGUCACCUCAGCCUUCACCUUCGCUGUCAGCAUCGCCGCCCUGGAAGAGGUCCCCGUGGAGCAGCCUGGCUCUGAUGGUAGGUGGGACAGUGGGACAGGCCCACCUGUGUGCCUGAUCCACCCUCUGAGCCCUCUCCUUGCUCGCCUUCCAGAGGAGGAGUCGGGCAGCAGGAAGAGCCUCGUGUAUCACCUCAACGACGGCAUCUACGGCACCUUCAGCUGCCUCCUGUUCGACAGCCCCUGCCCCAGGCCUCGGCUGCACAGGAGACCCUGCCCGGAGCGCCCCUCCCGCAGCAGCAGCCUCAGGGGCCCCCCCGGGCGCGCCGAGGAUCGCAUCGCCGACGGGCUGGAGCUGCCCCAGCUGCACGUCGGGGACUGGCUGCUCUUCGGGGACAUGGGGGCCUACACCGUGCCAGCCUCGCCCCAGCUCGGGGGGCGUCCCCAGCCACACGUCACCUACGCCAUGUCCCGCGUGGCCUGGAAGGCCGUCCAGCUCUUCCAGGGAAAGCCCCCCCAGGCGGAAGACGAGCGUGAGAGCCUCUGCACCCCCCUGUCCUGCGGCUGGGAGAUGGCAGAGACCCUCUGUGUCCCCCCGGUCUUCGCUCCUACCGGCAUCAUCUGAGCAGGGAUGGCACGGGGCGGGGAGGACCCAUGGAGGGGACGGGUCUGGGGUGGUACCAGGAGGAAAAAGGUCCUGCAGUGGGAAACGUGCCUUGGUGGGGGAAAGGUCCCCUGGCUGUGCUGGAGGAGGGAAAGGUCCCACGGUGGGAAAGGUCCCCUGGCAGCACCAGGGGGAAGGAGGUGCCCUCCUGCCCCCGGCACUCCCCCCUGGCACUGCACUGGGAACUUCCAAGUAAAUCCUGUCCCAUGGAUCCUGCCCCAUAAAUCCUGCUCCUCCA